AUGAAGGCUAUUCUCAUAGUUUCUGCGAUUGUCGCAGCUGUUCACGGACUGAAUCUUAAGGAGCACUUUGGACCUGAAUACCCACUGGGGAUCACAUGGUGGAACCACUUAAAAUCAGAGCUCCACCGGCAGCAUCACAAAACACCAGAGCACGAUGAGGACAAAUCAGAACCGGAAUAUUACCGGCUCCCAAUUUUGCAGGAAGUCACCACCUGGAACCCCACGAAAGACAUGAACAAGUCGAAAAAGAGCCUGAAGCGGUCAAGAACCACGAAGAAAGGCACCACGAGUACCAUGGCGAAAAGAGGGCCUUCAUGGUAUAAAAGAGCCGCUUGA